AUAAAUCUUUUUAAAAAAUGAUCAAUUAAGGCUAAAAUGGAGUGGAAUAAUAAUGAGACGUCAGCUAAAGAUGAAUCUGAGGAGGAUUAUAAUUCACAGGUUGUUUACAUUGAUCCGAGAGAUAUAGAAGGUUUUGAUGACGAGGAUCAGGAGCUAGAUGAAGAGAUGGAUGAGGAGGAGUGGGAGGAGGAGGAGGAUGCAGACAAACUGUUCAUUGAUGAUUCAGACGACGUAUUUGAUGACCCAUUGAGCUGUGUAAUUGUCGGCCUUGAAACUACAGACGACGACCUUCAAAACCUUCCCUGUAGUAAAUGCAACAAACUGUUUCCCGGAUCUAUGCAGCUAAAACGUCAUGUGAAAAGCGUGCAUGAAAGUUCAACUAAGUUGAACUGUAAAUACUGUAUGAAGGACAUGGGUAACCUUGAUGUCUAUAAACAACACGUACUAAAUGUGCAUAAGACUGAGCUACGGCUUGAAUACCCUAACCCCCAGAAGAUGACCGGCUCUAAAGCCGGAAUUCAGCAAACCUGCCCAGAUUGUAGGAAAAAAUUCCCAACAAAAACCUCACUGAACCUUCACCGUCUCAAGGUUCAUGUAGCUGAUCAACAGCAACCUCGCCCCUGCCCUCAGUGUAACCAGGAGGUUGUUGACCUGAGUUAUCACAUGAAAAAGUGUCAUAAUAUUGAUGGUAUUAUCUGCCCACAUUGUGCUAAUGUUUUUAGUAAGAAGUGCACUCUCAACAGACAUAUAGAACAGGUUCACUUGAAUAUACAAAUCCAUAAACCUGCAACCUGCCCACAAUGCAGUAAAGUAUUCAGCAAAAAAGGACAUCUGGACCGACAUAUAAAGAUAAUCCAUAAUGGUAUAAAGGAUUAUAGUGAUCCCUGUCCAUACUGCGGCAAGGUGUUUACCACAAGGGCUAGUCUAGAACCUCAUAUAGCAAUGGUACACGAGGGACUACGUAAAAAAUGUGAUAUAUGCAAUAAGGUACUGUCUGAUCUGAAUAAACAUAUGCGUACAGUACACCAUACCUACCGCCGUAAAGCAAAAUUCCCCAAGGAAUUGCUCACCGAAUCUUCAGAUCAAUCUAGCUUCAUAGAACCCCUAAUAUACGGAGCUAAACCUAAACUCAGCUCCAUAGAACCCCUGGUAUACGGAGCUAAACAUAAACCGAAGAAAGGAUUCUCAGAGAAACCAUUAGAAAACAUCCAUGAAACUACAAUUGCUACUUCUGUUCUUGAGCCUACUUUAGGAAUAAAAAUGGCAAGUUUGUCUCCUAAAUCAAUUAAAACUAUGAAGACUGCUGUUUCUAGUGUAUCUACGCCAAGAUCUAAGAACCCUGUUUCAGCUGCUUUAUUAAAAUCUGCUCCUGGUGCUGAUGUACUGAAGACUGCUGUUUCUGCUGUUUCUACGCCUAGAUCUAAGAACCCUGUUUCAGCUGCUUCAUUAAAAUCUGCUCCUGGUGCUGAUGUACUGAAGACUGCUGUUUCUGCUGUUUCUACGCUUAGAUCUAAAAACCCUGUUGCAGCUGCUUCAUUAAAAUCUGCUCCUGGUACUGAUGUAUUGAAGACUGCUUCUACUGUAUCAGCUGAAAUUAUAAAGCAGGAGUUGGGAUUAAGUUCCGGCAUUACUUUGCAGAAAGUUAAAAGAACGUCCAUACCUCCCACAGCUUUGGUUUCUAUGGUUCCAGGAUCGUCUCCAGGUACCUGUCUGACCCAGCUUCCUAAACUCAGCUAUCAUGGUCCCAAGAUCCAUGCAGCUUAUGUCCCUUCCUCUCUAACCCAAACCUACGGUUCCAUCUCUCUAACUCCAAUCAAAAGAGCUGUCCAAGAACCAACCAUUGUAAAACUAACCUCUAAAUCACACUCAUUGGUAAAUGUAGAACCAAAUGCCAUGAAAAGUUUUAAGAUAGUUCCAAUUCCAAACUUAGAAACUGUUAAGUGUAAGAAAGAAAUCCCAACCCUUUUGCCAUUAAAGAAAAUUCAUUGAAUUGAAAGACGACGUUCCAAGCAUCUGUACCUCUGUACCUCUGUAACUAACAAAGAAUAAUUUUUUAGGACGUUAGAUUGAAAUUACUGUAAAUGCAAUCAAUACCAUUCCAUUUGUUAUAUCUACUUAAAGAAAUUUUUAUAUUGUUAAAUUUUUUAAACUCAUUGUGAUCGAGUUUUUAUUACGUAAGCAAUAAUGAGAAACAAUAUUAUGUUCUUCCACAUUCCAAUAAAUAAUAAGUUAUGUUUUACUUUUAAA